CCCGAGCGCCCGCAGGCGGUGCUGCCGGAAGCUCCGCCCAUUGGCCGCCGGGUUCGUGGCUGGCUGGCCAAGGCUGUCACUCCCCCGCCGUUUCCCUGAGGCCAGCGCUCUGCUGGGGGCGGGAGGAAGAGGGGCAGGACUGGGGCCUGACGAGCCGUCGCUGUCUUCGCGGCUUCUAUGAUCAGCGGGCGAGGCGCCCUCCGCAGCUCCGCACAGCACUAGUCGGGGCCGUGCGCCCGCCGUAGCCGUCUGGGUCCCCAGCGCGGCCGCUCCCGCGGCCCCCUCGGCUCUUCCAGCGCUGCCUGCGAGGCUAGGCGGAGGCAGGAUGAAGAUGACAGUGGAUUUCGAGGAGUGCCUGAAGGACUCGCCCCGCUUCAGGGCUGCUUUAGAAGAAGUAGAAGGUGAUGUGGCAGAAUUGGAACUAAAACUUGAUAAGCUUGUGAAACUUUGUAUUGCUAUGAUUGAUACUGGAAAAGCCUUUUGUGUUGCAAAUAAACAGUUCAUGAAUGGGAUUCGAGACCUGGCUCAGUAUUCUAGUAAUGAUGCUGUAGUUGAGACAAGUUUGACCAAGUUUUCUGACAGUCUUCAGGAAAUGAUAAAUUUUCACACAAUCCUGUUUGACCAAACUCAGAGAUCAAUUAAGGCACAGCUUCAGAACUUUGUUAAAGAAGAUCUUAGAAAAUUCAAAGAUGCCAAGAAGCAAUUUGAAAAAGUCAGUGAAGAAAAAGAAAAUGCAUUAGUAAAAAAUGCCCAAGUACAAAGAAAUAAACAACAUGAAGUUGAAGAAGCCACAAACAUUUUGACAGCAACAAGAAAAUGUUUUCGACAUAUAGCCCUUGACUAUGUACUUCAGAUUAAUGUUCUUCAAUCAAAAAGGAGAUCAGAAAUCCUAAAAUCAAUGUUAUCUUUUAUGUAUGCCCAUUUGGCCUUCUUUCAUCAAGGAUAUGAUCUGUUUAGUGAACUCGGGCCCUACAUGAAAGAUCUUGGAGCACAGUUGGAUCGACUGGUUGUGGAUGCAGCAAAAGAGAAAAGAGAGAUGGAGCAAAAACAUUCCACCAUCCAACAAAAGGAUUUCUCCAGUGAUGAUUCUAAGUUAGAAUAUAAUGUAGAUGCUGCAAAUGGUAUUGUUAUGGAAGGAUAUCUGUUCAAACGAGCCAGCAAUGCCUUCAAAACUUGGAACAGACGCUGGUUUUCAAUACAGAACAAUCAGUUGGUUUACCAGAAAAAGUUUAAGGAUAAUCCCACUGUAGUAGUUGAAGAUCUUAGGCUCUGCACAGUGAAGCAUUGUGAAGACAUAGAACGACGAUUCUGCUUUGAGGUGGUCUCUCCAACAAAAAGUUGUAUGCUCCAGGCAGAUUCUGAAAAGCUGCGCCAGGCAUGGAUUAAGGCUGUUCAGACCAGUAUUGCUACUGCUUAUAGAGAGAAGGGUGAUGAAUCAGAGAAGCUGGAUAAGAAAUCAUCUCCAUCCACAGGAAGUCUAGAUUCUGGAAAUGAAUCAAAAGAGAAAUUAUUGAAAGGAGAAAGUGCUCUGCAGCGGGUCCAAUGUAUCCCUGGCAAUGCCAGCUGUUGUGACUGUGGUCUGGCAGACCCUCGGUGGGCCAGCAUCAACUUGGGCAUCACCUUGUGUAUUGAGUGCUCCGGGAUUCACCGGAGUCUUGGGGUUCAUUUUUCUAAAGUAAGGUCUUUGACUUUAGACACCUGGGAGCCGGAACUUUUAAAGCUUAUGUGUGAAUUGGGGAAUGAUGUUAUAAAUCGGGUUUAUGAAGCUAAAGUGGAAAAAAUGGGAAUAAAGAAACCACAACCAGGACAAAGACAGGAGAAGGAGGCAUAUAUCAGAGCAAAAUAUGUGGAGAGGAAAUUUGUGGAUAAAUAUUCUAUAUCAUCAUCACCUCCUGAGCAGGAAACAAAGAUUGUCUCCAAAAGUUACGAAGAAAAGAGGCUGAGCAUUUCUAAACUUGGGCCAGGUGACCAACUCAGAGCAUCUGCCCAAAGUUCAGUCAAAAGUAAUGACAGUGGAAUCCAGCAGAGCUCUGAUGAUGGAAGAGAAUCUUUACCCUCCACAGUGUCAGCCAAUAGUUUAUAUGAACCUGAAGGAGAAAGGCAAGAUUCUUCUGUGUUUCUUGACUCUAAACAUCUUAAUCCAGGACUUCAGCUUUAUAGGGCUUCAUAUGAAAAAAAUCUUCCUAAAAUGGCUGAGGCUUUGGCUCACGGUGCAGAUGUGAACUGGGCUAAUUCAGAGGAAAACAAAGCAACACCGCUUAUUCAGGCUGUAUUAGGGGGCUCUUUGGUGACAUGUGAAUUCCUCCUACAGAAUGGUGCUAAUGUGAACCAAAGAGAUGUCCAAGGACGGGGACCACUGCACCAUGCAACCGUCUUAGGGCACACAGGGCAGGUAUGUUUAUUCCUAAAACGAGGUGCCAAUCAACAUGCCACUGAUGAAGAAGGGAAAGACCCUUUGAGCAUAGCUGUGGAAGCAGCCAAUGCUGAUAUAGUAACCUUGUUACGUUUAGCAAGAAUGAAUGAAGAGAUGCGGGAAUCAGAAGGACUUUAUGGACAGCCAGGUGAUGAAACGUACCAGGACAUUUUUCGUGAUUUUUCCCAAAUGGCAUCCAAUAAUCCAGAGAAACUAAAUCGUUUCCAGCAAGAUUCACAGAAAUUCUGAUUUUUUUUAAAAAAGGGGAAAAUAUGAAAUUUGGUGACCCCUAAUGUAUACAGCUGAAAAUUUGCAAAUUUUUACUGCUUUUGUUCUACUUAAUUUUGGUAGAUAUUGAGUGGUUUGGAAAAAGGUACCCAUUCAUUGAUAUUUUUAUAAAUUAAAACGUAGACCUCUAGUAGUUGGGAGAGGAACCUACUUUAGGACCUCUUUUAUUUUAAGAAAGCCUGUAUAAAGGGCUGUUUCUUAUAGAUAAAAGUUGAAUCUACAUCUAGGCCAUUUCUAGGUUACAAGAUGCUAAGAGGUUAGACAAAAUUUCAUUUUUUUGCCAAUGGGUGGUAGCAUUGAUUUUUUUUCAUUCAUCUUGCCCAGGAUCAUUCAUUCAAGCAUGUCUUCGUCAAGUGGGAGCCAACUGUCCUGUCUGCCUCAAGAAUGUCUUUUCUUUAGCUUCCCUGAUGGUUUUUGGUGAUUUAGAAAUAGGUUUUGUGUGUGUGUGUGUGUGUGUGUGUGUGUGUGUGUGUGUGUAUGUGGUAGCAGCUUAGCUAUCAUACACAUAACAAGUGAUUUAAUUAUUAGAACUAGAAAAAUCCCCAUUUGCUCAUAAAUGCAGUUAUACUCCUUAGAUGACAAAGUAUUGUCCCGUACUUUAACAUACAUACAAUGGCUAUACAGGUAUAGACCAUAGUUCAGUCCUUUAGAUUUAUUCCAUCUUAUGAGGCAAAAAGAAGCUUUUACUUUUUCAAAUCACCAGAAGGAUCCCAGUUCAGAAGUUGUACUUCUUCAUUGUUGGGCUGAUUUCCUAAAAUUUUGACAAAUUUGUUGAUGUAAUAAAAUUGUGUUUCAAAGGUUACUUGAAUGUUGCAAAAUUAUGCUUUCAUCAAAACUUAACUUUCCAAGGAAAAGUUGAUUUAUAAAAUAACAUAGGACAUUUUUAUAUUUGAAAUUUGUUCUAUUAAAGACACAUUUUUGCUAUUGCUCCUAGUGAAAAAAAAUCUCUCUGUACAAAGAAACCCCCGUUUUUUUGCAGUUUAUAUUAAAAUAUACAGCAAUAAAUUGCUUUUUAUUUUUUUCUACAUCUAUCCUGUGUACUUAUACACAGUGUACAUUCUUUUAAAUUAUAUCAUAUAUAUAGCUUUAGUAUUUGGUUACAUGAAUCACAGACCUUUGAAUUCUAGAAUAUUAUGGAUAUACUUUUUACCACUUAUAUGCUACAAAUUAGUCUGAUUCCAUCUUUGAUUGACAUGUCUUGACUACAAAUAAUUUGCCUUAUCGUUCCUCUCCAGUGUUGUCAACAAUUAAAUUUAAUCUUCUUUUAGAAAUUAUAUGUAAGUAAUGUUACUGAUACUCUUUCUAAAUAAAAGAGGUCUUUAAAUUUAUAAAAGAGAAAUUAUAUUUAAUUGGAUAAAUAAUAAAUUUUCUAACAUUUCACUCCCAAUAACUAGAGUUUUGUAAAUUGAUUAAACAUUAAAUCAGAAUCCAUCUAAACAGAAAUUAUACUGAAAUAAGUUCACAUCACAAAAAAUGUUCCAGAAUUUGGCCAAAUUGCAUGCAUGUAAUGUUUAUUAAUAGUAGUCACUAUAUAUUAUAUGAGGAUAAAAAUAUAUUUGUAAAUUAUUUCUGAGGAAAUGCUAACUUCUAAACAUUGUAUUUGAAUUACAAUAAUAGGAACAUUAAAUCUUUCCUGUUUCACCUCAAAGUCACAGAUCAUCAUUAGGUACUUUAUCUGAAGGCAAAAAUCUGAUUUGUAAUUUUUAUUACAGUAUACUUUGUUAUCAAUUGUCCAAAAAGGUCAAGGAAAAGAAAGAUGGUAAAAUAAACAGGAAGAAAGAAAGAGAAGAGAAAGCCUCAUUUUUCCUUGACAGUGCCUGUUCCUGUUUUAAUCCUAGGACUUCACUCCUAAAGAUCCUGACCUUUAUUUGAGCAAGUCCAGGUAGUUUUCCUUUUGGAUCUGGCCAUUGGUGCUUCUAAUCACCUCUAGGAUCUGUGUGGCUCUGAAGGCAAUUCCUUAUGACACUCUUACCUCCUGUGGCUUGAGUCUUGAAUUGUUAAUGUGGCAGUAAUUAGUGUCUACUUAAACUUACUGGUUAGAGAUAUAUUUGAAGUGCCCUAAAGAUGAUCAUGGUUGUGAAUAUCUUCAGAGAAAGCUAAAUCUUUAAUAUUGCAUGGAGGCUGGCAGUAUAAAAAUACAUUUCUGUGGCUUGAUUCUUUGAAUGUGCUGAGACUUAAUUUGGACUAAAUUUGGCAGAAACGAUGUAGUAAACAGCAAGGCUUUAAAUUAAUAGUUACGAGGUAGGUUGGCUCUUAGGUGAAUUUAGCUGUGUCAACUAAUAGCUUUUAUAUAGUAUAUAACAAAUCUGAGUAUUGUUAUGCUGUGAAUUUUUCAGUGCAUUGUGAGAAAUUGUAGAAUAAACAAUGUUAAUCAUACUCUUGGGCUUCAUUAGUCAAUGUGAUUGCCCUUUGUUUUCUUUCCAUAACUUAUCUGCUAUUAUUAGUUUCUGAUUCCUUAUUACUAAUCUGUUAGCUCAUUAUCAUUAGCUCACUAACUCAAAAAUUAGAUUAAUAUCAGAAUAAGAAGGGCAGCACUAACUAUGAAGAGUUCAUAAAAUGCAGUUUUAUGUUAGAACUAGAAUAAAGGUAAUUGAGCAGUUAUUUGUAAUGCUUCAUUGCAACAUAUUUAAGAUUUCUAAGACUUCAAAAAUCACCUUUAAUGCAAUCCUUAGAAAUUCAGAAAUUUCCUGGGAUUCACUACAUUACAGUGUUCACCUAAUUUAUACUGGUUUUCACUGUAGAUUUUAAUGAACUUUGGUGUUUACUUUCCCAGACAUACAGGUUUAAUUUGGAAUAUGUACUUUGGUUCUUCACGACUGCAGUUUGAAAAAAAAAAAAAAAAGUUAUACCUUCAUAGUCUGACCAACUUAGGUUUGUGACAUGUUAGCAGUAUUUAAAAAAUAUAUUUUAUGCAUGUUAAUUGUGGUCACAAUAAAUGAAAUUGUGUUUAAAACUAAAUUUACCCAUUUUGAAUAAUCAAACAUUCCAAGAUCACUCUUAGAUGGUCAAAUUAAUACUUCUGUAUAGUAGCACUUUGGACCACGGACGUGAGCUGGAAAAUGAUAUAUUUUUAUAGAAUUGUAUGUCCAGAAUGAUUUUAGAACUGCAUGAUAUAGUGGAAAGAGCACUGGACUAGUAGUCACUACCCUUUUUGGAUUCAAGGCUCCUCACAAAUAAAAUGAGUGGAAUGAAACAAGGUGAAAGUAUAACAACAUCCCUUUGUAUACUGUUUUACUACUUACAAUGUACUUUGGCAUUGCUUUAUCUCACCUGAUUCUCACAGUAGGAAUUCUGAGAUCUUACCCUCUGAGCUCCAACAUUGUCUGUGUUUUUGAUCCUAGCGUGUCCCUCUAGUUGUGCAGAGGUGGUUCUCUCGGUUUGCUAGUUGGUGGCAGAGCUGACACCAUAACCCAGGUCUGACUACUACUCAGAGGCACUUUACUUGUAUCGUGAAAUGAUUUGAAAUCAUUGUAAAGCAGCAAAAUCUGAUAAUGACUGCCAGCUUUCCUUGUGUUUUGAUAACAAAGACUCCAAAUAUUCUGGAGAACCUGGAUAUAAGGUUUGAAGGAAUAGACUGGGAUUUGAAGACAUCAAAUUGUAGGAAAUUUGACAUUUUUGCAAUAAGAAACAAUGACAGCAAAACAUUAUAAUUUUAAUUCACCAUAUAUGUAUCAAUUUCUUGAUGCUUCCAAAUAACCUAUAAAUAUGGUUUUAUGGAUGUUAUUUUCUGUUUAUAUAAACUUAUCCUCUUAAAAUGGGAUCAUAGGACAAAGCAGGGUUUGACUAAAUAAACUUUUCUCUGUAUUGUCUUUUCACUAUGUUAUUUUCUAAAUUUUCUUAUUUUUCCUUAAGCUCCCUAUUCCCCACAUUUUGGAUGCUAAUUUUAAACAGGGAAAGCUUGCUACAUUAUAAAGAUUGUUGGCACCAUUUAUUUUACACAAAGGCUAAAGGUUAACUUUUGGAAAUGAUGAGCUACUUUUCUAUGUGUUUACUUGUGCUUUGUGAUAUUUCUGGAUCAUUCCAGUCAUAAAGACUUAUUACAUGUAAUAUUUCUUGCUACCUGUGAAAAGGUAUAUUUUAAAGAAUGUGUAACCAAUAGUCCAUUCACUUUUUAUUAGUAUGUAGAGGAUUUGUAUCUAACUCAUGAAUGUAGUUUUACUGUAGUUUGUCAUUGUAAAUGGAGCAAAGUACAUUAUCUUUGUAGUUAUUCUAAAAUGUACAUUAUGUAAGAAUUGUAAAUAUUAUACUUGAUUAAGUACUUUGUAUGCUGAAAAAUUACAAUAAUAAGUCAAUAAAGAUCUCACCUCUGGCAUAGUU